GCAGAGCCGCGUCCGUAUGCGUAAGGCUAUGAUUGGCCACGACCGCCCCCCCACUCAACAAAGUCGCGUUUAGGUUUGCCUCUGUGAGACUAAUGAUUGGCGUGCGAUCACCGGCUGCGAUCGGUUGGCAUGGUUCAUAAGUGACAGAGUCACAUAGCUGGCGUUAUAUACGCAACACCGCACUCAACGUUCCUAACAACUUCGACUUCCUCCACAGAGUCAAGUCGCGAUGACCACGGUACCCAUCGUCGAACUCCUCGACAUCGAACUUCAGUACUUCUCGAUAUGCGGUCGCGGAGAACCGAUCCGCCUGCUGCUCGAGGACGCAGGGGUUGCAUACGUCGAGAAGAAUGACGAAGAGCAUUUCCACGCGAAGAAGUGGGAUCUCGACGAGUAUCGGUUCAACCAAAUGCCUAGGCUCAAGGUGAACGGGUUCUAUCUGGCCCAGCUAGACGCCAUCUUGCGCUACCUUGCCAAGGCAACGGGUUACGGCGGCAGCGGAAACCUUAAAGACGACGCCAUAGUCGACAUGCUUCAGGCUGCUUGCGAGGACCUUCAUUCUGCAUACUCCCGGAAUGUGUAUAGUGCCGAUGCGGCAACCCUGCUACCUGCGUUUGCUAAGCAAUAUGUGCCGAUCGUUAUGAAGCAAUGGAGCAUCUACUGAAACAAAGUGAAAGCUCGAGGGAUACUUGUGUACGAGCACCCGUCCUUCGCCGAGUUCCAUCUAUACUACCUCCUAUACGCCCUCGCGCGUCUCAACCCGAACCUUCUCGCCGACUACCCCAGCCUUGCCGCCUGGCGAGAGACGAUGGGUACGAGACCGGGCAUCAAGGCAUACGAAACAAGUGGAAGACGGAAGGAGAUG